UAGUCAAAACGACUUUGAGAUUAGGGUUUCUGCAACUGUUCAGCAAUGGGGAAGGGAACGUGGAGCUUUGGAAAGAGGACAAACAAGACCCACACUCUCUGUGUGAGGUCUAGCUGUCGCAGUUUCCAUCUCCAAAAGAGUCGCUGCUCGGCUUAUGCUUACCCAGGCGUCUGCAAGAGGACAUAUAACUGGAGCAUGAAGGCGAUCCGUAGUAAGACCACUGGAACUGGCCGCAUGAGGUAUCUCUGCCAUGUGCGUGUCGAUUCUAGACCAACUUUAGAGAAGGUACUAAAGCAGCUCCAAGGAAGAAGGCAGCAUCAGCUUCUGCUUGAAGUUCUUUGAGGGUGAAUCUAUGAAGGUUUAACUUUACC